AAUGGCGUUGCUCUGCCUCUCUUGCUUUUCCGUCGCACCGCUCCUCCGAUUCGACAACGGCUCUGCUGUCGCCACGCCCACAGCAUGGGCCCAGACGCGGAGAGAUCAAGUUGCGCAGCUCCUCCAGCGCCAUCUUCUCGGCACCUUGCCGCCGCGUGCGCCAACGCUGCGACUUGCGACUCGCACCAACGCCACCACCAGCGGCUCCUCCUGCUCCUCCUUUUACGAGCUCACCUUUGACACGAGCGACGCGCCGUCGACACGAGCGGCUCCUCCUGCUCCUCUCGUUACGAGCAACGGCUCCUCCACGGUGGCCUUCUCCGUCGAGCUGCUGACGCCGUACGCGUGCGAUGCCAUUUCGCCGACUGCCACGCUCCCGCUCUUCAUGACGCAGUGGAACCACCGCGAGUGGGCGCUGCGCGCGCUCUCUCGCGGCUACGCCAGUCUUGUCUACCCCGCCGCCGACACGCGGGACGCCGCGCCCGCGUUUCAGUGCGCGUACAGGCAGACGGCGAGCAUGGGCCUCAUCCUCGCCCGAGCCUACGUGGCCUCGCGCGCCCUCGACUUUGCCCUCUCGCCGCCAAACGGGACCGCCGGCCUGCCCUCCUUUGCCGCUGGACGCGUCUGUGUCACCGGCCACAGCCGCAACGGCAAGCAGUCGCUGCUGUUCGCCGCCUUUGACGAGCGCGUCGGCGCGGUCGUCGGCUCGAGCUCCCCUUAAUGAUUAAUUAAGUAUUGAUUACCUCUGAAUUACUACUAGGCGCGGUGGUCGGCUCGUCGCCGGGCGCCCCGAUCUCUUCUCCGUACGCAUACUCGUCGCACAAUUUCUAUGGAGAGGGGCCCGACGCGGGCACGGCGGGCACCUGGUGGCUCAGCAGCAUCACUCAGUACAGCGACGACCCGGGAAGAAUGCCGAUGGACGGCCACGGCGUGCUCGCCCUGAUUGCGCCGAGGUACUGCGCGAUUGCCGACGCGUGGACGGACUUCGAGGGCGACUCCACCUUUGCCGACGAGAUGGGCGUGCUGGCCGCGAGUGAGGUCUACCGCCUGCUCAAGGCGCCUAGUACAGCGUUGCAGCUGCUGCACCGGCCCGGAGGCCACCACGGGUUCGACAGCGUCGCCUCUUACCUCGACUGGUUUGACCACGCCCUUGGCCGCGCGUGCU